AGGAAAACUUGCUCGAUGUGUAUAACAUCUAACUGCUGUUUAGUAUUAAAGUUCAAAUCCGAGAUUCGAUAAGAAGAAACAGCGUGAGCAAAGUGGCAUCAGAGUCGUCCUGAUUUCUUGUAGCGCUUUAGUUUACAAAUAGAGCAGGAUGAGUGUGCAGUCAUUUGCACGCAGAUCAUAGUACUCAGAACCCUUGUGGUAUUUUCGGCGUUCGCGCCUAACCUCGCGUUUUCUCGAGAAUCCACGUGGCCAUCGUAGCGUUUGUGGGACCGCAUUUUGUUGACAAGGCUGAUCCUGCUGAUCCUCCAAUCAGCCGCCAGGGCCUGACAAGGAUGAUUUGAAAAGCAGAAUUUUAUAUGUCCCUGGUACACCCACCGCUUCCAACUGCUGUUGCCGUUCUCUACGUUCGGACGAAAAUGCUCGUUGCGAUUUGGCUUUGUCUUGUGGCUGUUCACGCCCUGAAGCAAGAGCACACCGCGCAAGAAUCCCGGCAAAUGCUAAGGCGGAUUGAUAUCGAUAACGACGCAAAGCUGAAUGUAAAAUUUUGCGCGUCUGAUUUGAGCACGAGUGUGACCUUGUAGUUGACUAUCGUGGAUAGACAUGAUAUUUGUGCCCUAUAAUUUGCAAGAACGUUCUUUGUACCAGCUAGCCCAACCUCCUCAACUUGAGAUAUGUGACAUUUCGUUGUAGACAACCACUUGCUAAUUUUUGGUUUGGUCAUGAUUUGUCAUGAACAUAAUACACAACUAUGACAUACAUUAGAACGAAUGCUUUGCACACUUUUCCAUUUUUGGCCAGCAUGCAAUCAAACUCAGGCUACGCACACUUCUCCGAAGAGUGACAUCGCUGCGCUUGUUCACGAGAACUCUGCGAUAAAGUUACGACAUGAAGCGCGCAAGGCUGUGAAUACCAACGUUUUUAUGAAAUGAAACCCAUCAGUUCUCAUGCUUGUUAUUGCACUACAACAGUAGAAGUACGCAAAAUACGUAUAAGACUCCUUCGACAAUAAAGUAUUCUGCUUGACAAAAAAGUCCAUUUUAUUUGAUGAGCAUGAAUAGAGGGUCUCCACGUCAUAGUUUUGGGCGCGACCCUUGGCAGCUGCUCGGAAGAUGGCGAAGCGGUGACCGGCUUCAUGAGAGACGGUAUGUGCACCGAUGGCGGGGAUGAGGACGCAGGCUCCCACCACAUCUGCAUUAAUCUGCAUUCAGCACAAGCAGGAGGCAAGACUUUCUGCGAAGUACUCUUUUCUCCUUAAAUUGUAGAAAUGAUGCAUCGACGUGUCUCAAUUUUGCGAAGGUCACUAGUUCAUGGUUAAGGACUAUCGUGUGUUUCUGUAUCUUGCUCAUCAUAAGUACGAACUUCUAUGUAUUUUUUUCGCAGGUUACCGGACAGUCGAAUUGGUGUGUGGAAAAGGAUACCUGUCAAGGCGGCUCUGGCGGCUCUUCUACGUGCCCGCGAGUACAUUGGUGCGUAUGCCAGUGGGCCUUCGCUUCUCUGAUCGCUGACAAUCCCGACUAUGGAACAAAAAUGUUUUUACUUGAAGGCCAAACCUUGUCGCCUGCUCAGAGAGGGUAGAGUAAUCGUCUUCUUUACAAUAUGAUGAACAACGUAAUUUGAUAUUUUUGCUCGCUAGGAUUUUUGCACAAACCCUUUCUUUGUCAUACUAUUUAUGUUUGUAAUUACUAUAGUUCCUACUUGUUUUCCCUUGUCAUUGUGGCAUCUGCUCGCAGCUGACGAUGAAACUUGCUGGCACGCACAAAGCGGCUUUGUGUGCUUACUGUGCGAACCAAUCCGAGUACACGGCCGCACUCAACUGCCUCAAGGAGAAAGACCCCUCAUUAACCUGUACCAACUUCGAAGGACCCAUCUGUGGCUCAGCUCGCUAGACAAGAAGUUUCUCUUCUAGUCGAAAGGAAAUAGACUAGCACGAAUACCAGAAUAGAAUCAAUACAUCCUAGAUAGAGGUAUUACUAGUAGAAAGUGCUUAGGCUUCUGCAGGUAGUUCAGGAGUUCUUCUUUGUCUUUCUUGAGUCGUUAUUCUCUUCAAAGGGAGUCGCUUCUCCUCAUUGCAAUGAGAAGAAGAAAACCUGCACAGUUGCAGAGAGUCUUUUUUAUAGCGCGAAGAUUGUUGGAAGUCACUCGAAGUCGUGGUGAAUCGUGUCAUUUUGAAUUAGAGACUCUGUGUAAAGGAACUACGCGUAUUAUCGCUUAUAAACAGGAAAUAGCUGCAUUUUUAGACGGAUUCCUUGCGGCUAUGAAUUAUGUGUACAGAUUGAUUCCGCCAAUUUCGUGACGACUAAAUUUUAGAGCCUUAAAGAUGCGCCGGGCACCAGGAGAAUAUGCGAGAUGUUGACUUGGUGGGAGCAGGUAUAAUCAUGUCCAGUCUGGAUGAGUUUAUUGCGUAGCAACAAGCGCCAUUUAGCGGGACACGCUGCUAUCUACUAGACGAACUUAAAUUUCUGAUAUUGUUUCCAUGCUCGACAGUAAGCUUUUUGAGGCCUCGCAAGUGAGCGCCUUUUCAAACAGUGUCAGAGUCAUAACGAGGUUGUCCUCUCAAAUGAGCGCGACGAAUUAUCACAUUGGCAGAGAAUGACAAUGAUGAUAUGGACAAUCUCGAUUGAUCUUGGGGAUUCUCUUGUACGUUGAUGCUGAGGUGAUUUUCAGUUGAUUUCUGCUGAAAGUCUUGCUGAUCUUUUUCAUUGUGUUUCUUUUCCGUCGAUCCUGGAAAGGAUUUCUUGAUUGUGG